ACUCCUUAAUCUUUGCUGGCAAGAUAUUUUGGGACUUUGUCCAGUUAGCCUCGAAAGCAUUUGCACACAGGUUCUCUCAUCCUGCGGCAGUUUUAGUCCUUUCAUUCCUUGAAGGGAGUGAUUUGCCUUCAAGUACCACCCCCUACCCUGGUCUGUUUAAUCCCAGCUGUCAUUCUGGAUAGCAUCGUUUUUGCUUCGUUUUUCUUUUCCUGGAAGCUGUGGCACAAAUUUACUGAAAUCUCAGUUUGGACACUGUAACGUAUGCAUGCAUGGCCAGUAUGUCGAUGAUUGUGGUAUCUCAUCACUUAAAUCUACUCUGACCUAUGACACUCUCCGAUUUGCUGAGUUUGAAGACUUCCCUGAGACCUCAGAGCCUGUUUGGAUCCUGGGAAGAAAAUAUAGCCUUUUCACAGAAAAGGAUGAGAUCUUGUCCGAUGUGGCGUCAAGGCUUUGGUUUACAUACAGGAAAAACUUCCCAGCCAUCGCAGGGGGAACUGGCCCCACCUCGGAUACGGGCUGGGGCUGCAUGCUGCGGUGUGGACAGAUGAUCUUUGCCCAAGCCCUGCUGUGCCGCCACCUAGGCCGAGACUGGAGGUGGACACAGCGGAAGCAGCAGCCAGACAGCUACUUCAGCGUCCUCAGUGCAUUCAUUGACAGGAAAGACAGUUACUACUCCAUUCACCAGAUAGCACAAAUGGGAGUUGGUGAGGGCAAGUCCAUCGGCCAGUGGUACGGGCCCAACACAGUCGCCCAGGUCCUCAAGAAGCUUGCUGUCUUUGACACCUGGAGCGCCUUGGCAGUCCAUAUAGCGAUGGACAACACGGUGGUGAUGGAGGACAUCAGAAGGUUAUGCAGGAGCAGCCUUCCGUGUGCAGGGGCCACUGCGUCUCCUGCAGACUCCGACCGGCACUGCAACGGCUUCCCUGCUGGAGCUGAGGUCGCCAACAGGCUGCCCCCAUGGAGGCCCCUGGUGCUUCUCAUCCCCCUGCGCCUGGGGCUCACAGACAUCAAUGAGGCAUACGUGGAGACGCUGAAGCACUGUUUCAUGAUGCCCCAGUCCCUGGGAGUGAUCGGCGGGAAGCCCAACAGUGCCCACUACUUCAUUGGCUACGUUGGUGAGGAGCUCAUCUACCUGGACCCUCACACGACGCAGCCGGCUGUGGGGCUCACCGACAGCUGCUUUAUUCCGGAUGAGAGCUUCCACUGCCAGCACCCCCCCAGCAGGAUGAGCAUCGGGGAGCUCGACCCGUCCAUCGCCGUGGGCUUUUUUUGUAAGACAGAGGACGACUUCAACGACUGGUGCCAGGAAGUCAGAAAGCUGUCGCUGCUCGGAGGUGCCCUGCCUAUGUUUGAGCUGGUGGAGCAGCAGCCUUCCCACCUGGCCUGCCCUGACGUCCUGAACCUGUCUGUAGAUUCUUCUGAUGUAGAGCGAUUGGAAAGGUUCUUUGACUCAGAAGAUGAAGACUUUGAAAUCCUGUCCCUUUGAAAAUCCUGGAGUUUGGGGACGGUCCGCUGGCCCUCGAUGGGGAUGCCUCCAAGAGCCCAGCCCUGCCUCGGGGCGCUUGGUGCCUCUGCAGCAUUUCAUCCAUCCAGCCCGCCCGCCCACUGAGUGCCGUGCCUCACGCCGCCUCUGCCCUGGAUGGAGGACUGCACCGUUCUGGGGGCCCCACUGCGAGGCGCGUGGCCGCUUGGCUCAGAAAGCUCGUUGAGGCUGCGAGACACGAAUGAGGGGCCGCCUGCAGAAGGCCCAGCGCAGCCAGGCCGGAGUUUCCGAGAGCAGCGCCUUCACACCUCAGAGCUCCCCCGAAGACACUGCCGGCCCUGCCCUAGUGCAUCGCCUCUGUCCUGCUUCGUCCUGGGCUCGGUUCUGGGUUUGCUUUGGAAUUAAAAGUCCUGUUUGAAGUUGCUCAA